GUGCUAUACGAGGAAGUUUGAUGGCUUGGUCAAUAUUUUAUGGUCAAGAUCAUAUCGUAUGGGAAUGUAAUAAUGGAGGCAAAAGGUGGAUUGAUCCCUCAACGAUUGAUCCAAGUGUGCCACAACCCAUUGAGACGAGAUUAAUGCCAUCAACGUUUUGUCAAGUUGGUUUACAAACCGCUGCGG